CUGCAAAGACGUUCAAGCGACAGCUCUGUGGCUUCGAAAUUACGUCAACUCAACUUACGAUUCAGUUUUCAAAAUUUUGCAUUGCCAGCUUUGCGAGCUUUUGUCUUAGCCGUAGCGUGUGCCAAGCUUGGAGUGGAGUGUGGCAGGUUGACCAAUUGGCCGAAUCAAAUCAAAAUUCAAACAAACCAAAAACGUGACAGCUUGGCGCGAAUUGUGGUCACAACGGAAACGGAAGUGCCGCUGUUAUCGCUAAUUAACGCGUUAAUGUGUAUGCGCGCGCGUGUGUGUGUGUGUGUGAGUUGGCCUACUAGUAAUUGUGGCUAAACGCGUUUGUUUUCAUUGACAAGUGCCAUGCGCAUGCUUAAACGAUAAGCCAACAAGUCAACAAAUAAUUUGUGCAAUAAAUAAAUAUUCACAAUUACCCAUGGCCAUAAUACGAAGCUUAACAGCAUGAUGCCACGCCCACAAGCCAAACAUAUCAGUAUCAGUUGGUGCACGCAGCUAGUUAAAGGAUUCAACUUGGAUUUAACUCAGUAAAACUUCAAAAAAGAAACAAACAAAAUAAUCAUAUUUAAUUUGCUGCUUAGCUUUGGCAGUAAAUGGGUUAAAAUUAUGUACAUUAAUCGCCGAAUGAAUGUCGAAUCAGUUAAAAAGACUGCUAUUUAUUAUUGUGGUGAUUUCAGGUGCAUUAUGUACAAAAGUAGAAGAUUACGUAAUAGUGUCACCGUGUGCACACAACAAAAACAUACACAUAGCUGCGGAAGGAACAGUCUCACUGACAGGCAAACAUAUACAAAAUAUAACGAUAAAAGCCAAUUCGGAUAUUGUGAACAACAUAUUCAAAAUAUCUCUGUUCGCAAAAGAAACUCAAAGAUAUUUGUGUUUCAACGAGACUUGGGGAUUAGUUGGCAUGCGAGAGGAGGAACUGCGCGAUACCUGCUACUUCAACGAGAGCAAUGCAAAAGGUUAUUACGUGUACAACUCUGUUGUCGAUUUGAGUCGACGUGUCAACUUCACGACUCGACGAGGUAGAGUCUGCGAUGGGUUUGAAAAGCAGGACGCCGUGACGUUUAUCCAGCAGAAGUUACCAGAAAGGCGCCCAACGGCCGCAAUGACUGCCAGCAGCGGCAGCGGCAGCAGCAGCAGUAAAAAACGCGGCGGCGGCAACAAGCGCAAGAAAAACAAUCGCUUGAAUAACCAAAAUCAAUCGUUGCCACUGCAACAUCAUGGCCAUAAUAGAAGUAGUUUAAGUAGCUCUAAAAAAUCAAAGCAACAACAAUUAGCAAAAAAAAGUAAAAAACAGAAGUACUCACAUAGGGUGCGACAUCAUCACGAUGAUCAAGAGAAGAGGCGCAAGAAGCAGCAUGAACAACGAGUCAAAGCUAGUCCAACGAAGCAAACGUUUGUCAAAACGGUAACAACGACAGCAGCAACAGCAAUAGCAACAACAACAACAACAACACCAACACCAACACCAACAGCAACAACCAAAACAAUAGCAAAAACGCUGGCUAGCAAGGGCAAGGUCAAACGAAAAAGGGGAAAGCAACAUAGGCAGCGUACCACAGCAACAACAACAGCAUACGAGUCCAGCAUAGAUGAUUUUAUGUUUGGCAGCAGCAGCAUCAGCAGUAGCACGUUUUCCUCACUCGACGACGGGUCAACCUACAGCAGCAGCAGCAAAGAGCCCUGGCCCACUGGGUUUGGCAUGCCCACAGCAUCAAUUGAUUACUCCAUGUCAGAUGUUGGCAGCAGCAGCAGCAACAUGUUGCUCACAACAACAGCAGCAGCAGACAGUAUUAAGCCGUACAGCAGCAGCAGUAUUAGCAGCACCAACUAUGAUGCCUGGUCGAAUGCUAUCACAGAAUUUGAGGCAGAAGCGUCGGCAGCAACCACAGCGAUUGUGACAGCAACCAGCAAUAGCAAUGAUACUGAAUGGCAGCAAUACGAUGAGGUGUUGCUGGAGAGCAAUGCCACCGAUGAAAAUGAGCUGCAGACCAACCUGCCACAUUCAGCAGCAACCUAUGAAACCAAAGCAACGCCACCAGCAACAGCAAGCACAGUAGCCAGUGUUGACAACGUUAACAAGAACAUCAAGACCCAUCAGAAUAAUACUUUAAGUGAGCCGACAACGGUGGCAGCCACAGCAGCAACACGCACUGUAACAGCAGCAGCAGCAGCAGCAGCAGCAUCAACUACUGCUGGUGGUCCGCUUAGCAUGUACACACAAGAGAUGCAGGCCACGCCCUUCUCUAGGUUGAUCCAUCUGAGCAACAGGGCUGGCGAUAUAAACAUCGCUAGUCUGGACAAUAUUAGCGUACGCCCCGCACGCUUCGACGAUGAACUAAUAGAUAGUAACAAAAGCGACAGCAACAUCAAUAGUUCUUUAACAAAUAUAAUCGGCCUUUUGGCCACGUCGUCCACAUCAGAGCUGCCCGAAUCCUUGCGCAUAGGCCAGAGAAAGAUUAACGCGGAAAUGGAGAAGAAGAGAUCGCAGCACAACGGACGUAAUCAUCACAAGCGUAAGCAUGCGUAGUAAAGGCUUUAGAUAAUCGAUAAAUAGCAAUCGAUAAGUCGCUAUGCUGCCAGCGUUGUUAAAAUGUAUUACUUAGUCAAGUGCUUAGCUCGUUUAUCCGUAGCUAUUAUAUUGGAAAUGAAUUUAUACGCAUAACAUAAAAAGAAACAUCAAUGAAAAUUCAUUGGAUAAUGCGUAAGGAUAAUGCAUUCAAAAGUAAAACAAUUUAUAUAUUAUGCUAUAUAAUGAACUGAUACAUAUACAUACUUGCAACAUACAUAGAUACUUCAACAAAUUUACGCAUACACACACACACACACUUAUAUUGAUAUGCAGGCUCACAAAUCAACAGAAAAAAUCCCUUUGAACUUGAAGGCGCCUAAAAGCAUGCUACAAAAAAUGUUUGUAUAUACCUGAAAGUCAGAAUAAAACUAUUACAUAGCAGCUCUGAUUAAGACUAAAACUAUUUGAAAAUUUCCAGCAUAAGUACAGACACACACACACACACACAUACACACACAAUAGAAAAAGUCGAGUAUUCAUUGCAUUGAAGAGCUCGCAGAACUGCUACAUAGUUAUAAAUGAAAGACAAUAAAAAUUUGUAUUUACGAGUAUGCUAUAACUAACAAGGAAACCGAAUUGUUGAACUAGAGAAAUGGAAAUGAAAAACAAAUGUUGCAUAAAUAUAAACUUAAUAACGGAUACUAAACAGACAUGAUGAAUAUUAAUGAAAAAAUUAUAAUAUUUAGACGCACUGAAUAUAUGACAUACUCGUAAUCGUGCUCGUUUAGCAAACUUGGUUUUUACUAACUUAUUAAUUUUAUUAGCAAUGAGAUUACAAGAACAACAAACAAAAAGUAAUUAUUA